AUGGUCCUCACGGACGUCAUCAAGCGGUGGCACGUGCUCAAAGGACAGACAGCACUGCUCUGUACUGGGACAGAUGAACAUGGCCUGAAGGUCCAACGAGCAGCCGCCAAAGCUGGCAUUGACCCGAAACUGUUUUGCGACAAAGGCGCCGAGAUCUUCCGAGAACUUGCACGAAAAGCCGAGAUCACGAAUGAUCAUUUCGUACGGACGACGGAUAGAGAGCAUAAGGAAGCUGUCGAGUAUGCAUGGUUCCUGUUGCAAGAGAAGGGCCUCAUAUACGAGCAGAAGCAUGAGGGGUGGUACUCAAUCACCGACGAAUGCUUCUACCCACAGUCAGCUGUACAACCGUACCUCGACCCACCGACAGGAAAGAAGAUGAUGACAUCGAUCGAAACGGGCAGUGAAGUGGAAUGGUCUUCGGAGACAAACUAUCAUUUCCGGCUCUCGGCAUUCCAGGACAAAUUGUUGGAGUUUUACAAGAACAAUCCCGAGUGGAUAGCACCAGAACAUCGCAUGAAGGAGGUUGUGCAGGCCGUUGAAUCAGGAUUGGAGGACUUGUCCAUAUCUCGACCAUACGAACGACUCACAUGGGGCAUUCGAGUCCCCGGAGACGACUCGCAAACUAUUUACGUAUGGCUCGACGCGCUCAUGAACUACGCAACCAAGGCAGGAUACCCAUGGACACCGGGCCGCGAACAAGCAGGCGGUUGGCCUGCCGACUGUCAUGUCAUCGGCAAAGAUAUUGUUCGAUUCCACUGCAUCUACUGGCCGGCUUUUCUCAUGGCCCUUGGACUUCCUCUUCCAAAGAAGAUUCUGACACACGCUCACUGGACUCUUGGAGGGUCCAAGAUGUCCAAAUCAACUGGCAGAGUUGUCGAUCCGUUCCACGCCAUUGAUCGAUUUGGACCGGAUGUUAUGCGCUUCUAUAUGGCUCGUGAAGGUGGUAUACAGGACGAUGCGAGCUACGAUAACUUUCGCAUUAUUGGGUUGUACAACAAGUUCUUGAACCAGCAACUUGGCAACCUAGCUUCUCGUGUUACACGAGGCAAGAAAUGGAGCGUCCGAGGCGCAGUCGAACGCAUUGGUGGAAGUCCAACAGAGGAAUGGGAAGAAGGACCAGGUUCUAAAUUCCGGAAUAACUCUCUCGCCACUAUCGCCUCGCAAGUAGACGCAUCCUUUGAUGCCUAUGAUCCGCGUAAAGCUGCCUCUCAAAUUGCUGAUUUUGUCCGAGGAUCAAACGCAUUCUUUCAGAUGUCACAACCCUGGGACAAGAUAUUGAGCUUCGGUCCGGGCGAGCCUGGCGAGGAUGUCGACAAGAUUAUCUAUCUUGCCGCUGAAGCACUUCGCAUUACCGGCAUUUUACUACAGCCGUACAUGCCGAAUAAGGCACGUAUGCUACUAGACCAGUUGGGCGUACAGCACGAUCGAAGAAGCUUCGAGUACUGCAAGCCUGGCGCUGAUCUAGACUACGGAACUCCAUUGGUGGAGCUGGGUGUAGCGCACAAGGGCGUGUUAUUCCCACCAUUGUCGAGUGACGAGUAG